UACACUUUUUUCGUAAAACCGGAAGUCAACGGCUACGGUAGUCGUAGCCAUUUCUGCUAGGCGCAGCUGAUUUGUCUUAAUUUUCUCAAACCUCUUCGGGGAUAAAACCAAGUAAAACACAAUCAUGCUGAGCUCCCGCCUUGCUACCGGACUCAAGGAGGUCCCUAAGGUCCUGAAACGUAACAUUGGCAUUUUGGCCCCGGCACUGCAGAAGGCCAGCGACCCAAUUCAGCAACUGUUCGUUGACAAAAUCCGAGAAUACAAGUCCAAGAACACAGGUAGCAAAACACUUGUAGAUGCUUCCCCUGAAACGAUUAAAGAGCUUCAAUCAGAGCUGGAGAAGGCGGCAAAGCACGCUGGCGGUGGAGGUGGAGUAGACCUGACUCAAUUCCCGCAGUUCAAAUUCGACGAACCCAAAGUCGACCCCAUCAAUAUGCAGACUCAGUAAAUGUAUCUACAUAUUCAAUAAAUUACUGUAGAUAUUAAUGUAACUUCCACAACUGUACACACAUUGUAAUAUUGAAAUAUUAAAUCGUAAUAACAGACAAAA